GGCCCCACCUCCCGGAAGCCCUGACCUAUCUUUGCCUGUGGAUCAGGGUUGAGAGAUGAGAGGUCUGCGUGGACGUUGGUGAACAAGUACCCCGAGCUCUGCUCUCGGGCGACGCGAGUUGGAAGAAGCCAGGAAAACAUCUGUCAUCUUGUGCCAAGAUGUCAGGAAUUGGAAAUAAAAGAGUGGCUGGAGAGCCAGGCACAUCUGUGCCUCCGGAGAAGAAGACAGCUGUUGAAGAUUCAGGGACCACAGUGGAAACAAUUAAACUUGGAGGAGUCUCUUCAACGGAGGAUUCAGACAUCCGGACCCUGCAAACCAAAAAUCGCAAGCUGGCAGAAAUGCUGGACCAGCGGCAGGCCAUUGAAGAUGAACUCCGUGAGCACAUUGAAAAACUGGAACGAAGACAGGCUACUGAUGAUGCCUCGCUGUUGAUUGUCAACCGCUACUGGAGUCAGUUUGAUGAAAACAUCCGUAUCAUCCUUAAACGUUAUGAUCUGGAGCAGAGUUUGGGGGACCUACUCACGGAAAGAAAAGCCCUUGUUGUGCCCGAACCUGAGCCGGACUCGGACAGCAAUCAGGAACGGAAAGAUGACCGCGACAGAGGGGAAGGACAAGAGCCAGCCUUCUCUUUCCUUGCUACUUUGGCCAGCAGUUCCAGUGAAGAAAUAGAAUCUCAGCUGCAGGAGCGUGUGGAGUCCUCACGCCGAGCUGUGUCCCAGAUUGUGACUGUUUAUGAUAAAUUGCGAGAAAAAGUGGAGCUCUUAUCCAGGAAGCUAAACAGUGGAGAUAAUCUGAUAGUGGAGGAAGCAGUGCAGGACCUGAAUUCCUUCCUCACGCAGGAGAACAUGAGGCUACAGGAAUUGACAGACCUCCUUCAGGAGAAGCAUCACACCAUGUCUCAGGAGUUCUCCAAGUUGCAGGGUAAAGUGGAGACGGCUGAGUCACGAGUGUCUGUCCUAGAGUCCAUGAUUGAUGACCUGCAGUGGGAUAUUGACAAAAUUCGAAAGAGGGAACAGCGACUCAACCGACACUUAGCAGAAGUCCUAGAACGGGUGAAUUCGAAAGGUUAUAAGGUGUAUGGAGCAGGAAGCAGUCUCUAUGGCGGCACAAUAACCAUCAAUGCUCGGAAGUUUGAGGAAAUGAAUGCAGAGCUCGAGGAGAACAAAGAGUUGGCUCAGAACCGUCACUGUGAGCUGGAGAAACUUCGGCAAGACUUCGAUGAGGUCACUGCACAAAACGAAAAGCUGAAGGUGGAACUGCGGAGCGCGGUGGAGGAAGUGGUGAAGGAGACUCCGGAAUAUCGCUGCAUGCAGUCACAAUUCUCUGUCCUGUACAAUGAGAGCCUGCAGCUGAAAGCGCACUUGGACGAGGCUCGGACCCUGCUCCAUGGCACAAGGGGGACCCACCAGCGCCAGGUGGAGCUCAUUGAGCGAGAUGAGGUUAGUCUUCAUAAGAAGCUGAGGACUGAAGUGAUCCAGCUAGAAGAUACCCUGGCCCAGGUCCGCAAGGAAUAUGAGAUGCUGAGGAUAGAGUUUGAGCAGACCCUUGCUGCGAAUGAACAAGCAGGCCCCAUAAACCGGGAGAUGCGCCACCUCAUCAGCAGCCUCCAGAACCACAAUCACCAGCUGAAAGGGGAGGUCCUAAGGUAUAAGCGGAAGCUGAGAGAAGCCCAGUCGGACCUGAACAAGACACGUCUGCGCAGUGGCAGUGCCCUCCUGCAGUCUCAGUCUAGCACUGAGGACCCGAAGGACGAGCCUGCAGAGGUCAAACCGGAUCCUGAGGAGCCAUCUGCCCAGCCCUCCGCAGCGAAGGCGCCUCAGGAGGAAGUCAACGAAAUCAAGUCCAAACGGGAUGAGGAAGAGCGAGAACGAGAAAGGAGGGAGAAAGAGAGGGAGCGAGAAAGAGAGCGGGAGAAGGAAAAGGAGAGAGAACGAGAGAAGCAGAAACUUAAAGAGUCAGAAAAAGAGAGAGAUUCUGCUAAGGAAAAAGAGAAAGGGAAACACGAUGAUGGAAGGAAAAAGGAAGCAGAAAUUAUCAAACAAUUGAAGAUUGAACUCAAGAAGGCACAGGAGAGCCAGAAGGAGAUGAAACUGUUGCUAGAUAUGUACCGCUCCGCCCCGAAGGAACAGAGAGACAAAGUUCAGCUAAUGGCAGCUGAGAAGAAGUCUAAGGCAGAGUUGGAAGAUCUAAGGCAAAGACUCAAGGAUCUAGAGGAUAAGGAGAAAAAAGAGAACAAGAAAAUGGCUGAUGAGGAUGCCCUGAGGAAGAUCCGGGCAGUGGAGGAGCAGAUAGAGUACCUGCAGAAGAAGCUGGCCAUGGCCAAGCAGGAGGAAGAAGCUCUCCUCUCUGAGAUGGAUGUCACAGGCCAGGCCUUUGAAGACAUGCAGGAGCAAAAUAUCCGUUUGAUGCAGCAAUUGCGGGAGAAGGAUGAUGCAAAUUUCAAACUCAUGUCAGAACGAAUCAAGUCCAAUCAGAUCCAUAAGUUACUUAAAGAAGAGAAGGAGGAGCUGGCUGACCAGGUUUUGACCCUGAAGACUCAGGUCGAUGCCCAGUUACAGGUGGUAAGGAAAUUGGAAGAGAAGGAACAUCUGUUACAAAGCAACAUUGGCACCGGGGAGAAGGAGCUGGGUCUUAGGACCCAGGCUUUAGAGAUGAAUAAACGUAAGGCAAUGGAGGCAGCCCAGCUUGCAGAUGACCUCAAAGCACAAUUGGAGUUGGCUCAGAAGAAGUUGCAUGAUUUUCAGGAUGAGAUCGUGGAGAAUAGUGUCACCAAAGAAAAGGACAUGUUUAAUUUUAAACGAGCCCAGGAGGACAUCUCUAGACUUCGAAGGAAGCUGGAGACCACAAAGAAACCAGAUAACGUGCCCAAAUGCGAUGAGAUUCUGAUGGAGGAGAUAAAAGAUUACAAGGCUCGCCUGACCUGUCCCUGCUGCAACAUGCGUAAAAAGGAUGCUGUGCUUACCAAGUGUUUCCACGUUUUCUGCUUUGAGUGUGUGAAGACACGCUAUGACACCCGCCAGCGCAAAUGUCCCAAGUGUAACGCUGCUUUUGGUGCCAAUGACUUCCAUCGCAUCUACAUUGGUUGACCCAGGCCAGGAGAAGAGGAGGGGCUGGCUCCACAGGCACUUUCACAUUAACCAUCAAACCUCUACCUCUUCCCCCCUUGACAGUCACUCACAGGGCACUUUGUCAACUACCUGUCCUUCACAGACUUGACCUCUAGGUUCUCUCAUAGCUAGGUGACGUCAGGGGAAAGGACUGGUAAAUGCAAGUCUUAGGUUAUAGAAUGAAUUAGAAACAAACAAUUCUUAUUUGUCUCCAAACAAUUCUUAUUUGUCUCCCUACCAGUCUUGUUUAUUUCCUGCUUUCAGACUUUUCAACCUUUUCCUCUUCAGGCUCAUUGUAAAAUCUUGGAUUGUCCAUUCCACCUGAAGAAGUGAAGUUGGUAUUUUCGCAUGGAGAAGGGACUGGGGAACAGACGAGACACACAGCUGUUCGGGGAAGGGAGCGUGUGCGAUCUUUUAGACAUAACCUAUCGAUGGGCAUGAGCGUUUCUGGAUUUGGGUAGUAAACUUUUUGUAAACUUGGGUUACAAAAUGUUAUUAUAACUGUGCUAUUCUUUCCUGGAUGGUUUGAAGCCUUAAUGAAAUAUUUCCAGGAUGACGCAAAUCAUUUUUUAUUCAGUAGCAAAGUAACUUGUUAAGAUCAGCUGGCUUCCUUGUUGAAGUUAUUUAAGUUUUGAAUGUUCUACUCAUUAAAUUCUUUAAAUUUCUUGAGGCCUGUUAAUUUCAGAUACUGUAGCCCCUUUUUUCUCAAAAUGAAAUCAAGAUUGGAGAGGAUGGGCAACAGUACUGAGAUGCUAAAGAGAGCUACUGGGUACUCCGGGAACGCGACUCAGGGAGACCUAGGUGAGCUAUGAAUUUCGCUCAUCAGCCUCUCCACAGAGGUGGUUGUGACCCCUGUUUUCCAGAAGGUACUCUGUAAUCUUCUUGUAAAACUUUAUAUUC